ACAUAAAAUUAAUCUAAUAAAUGCAAACAAUAAAUUAUGAAAUAAUUUCAACUUUUAAACAAACUUGUUAUACUUAGUACACUUUUAAAUAUAACACAAACUCAUAUUCCCGAAAAAUCUGGAUUUUAGUGCAAAAAAAAAAAAAAGUCACAAGUUAUAUAAAACUAAUAAUCUAGUUUUAAUAAGUUUUAAAAGAAUAAACAAUGAAAUGAUAUAAAAACGAAAAGAAUUUCUAAAAGAGAUACAGUUUAACAACUUGCAAUAAACCUUUAAUAACAAAAAUGUUCAAAUACUUCCUUCUUGCUGCCUUGAUCGCCUGUGCUGCUGCUGGCAAUCCUGAGGAUGAGCAUGCCGAAGCCACUCUCUUGAAAUCCGAUGUUAGAGCUGAUGGUUUUGAUUCUGCUUUAGAGACCACCAACCACAUCCAUCAAGUUGCCUCCGGUGAUGAACAUGGCAAUAUUCAUGGUGAUUUUGAAUGGGUUUCUCCCGAAGGUGAACAUGUUGCUGUUAAAUAUGUUGCCGAUGAAAAUGGUUAUCAACCCAUCAGUGAUGUUUUGCCCACUCCUCAUCCCAUUCCUGCUGCCAUCUUGAAGGCUAUUGAAUACAUCCAUGCUCAUCCCCCAAAGGAAGAAUACCAUCAUUAAGUUUUGCUUAAAACUAAGAUGAACAAAACUUUGCUUAAACUGCCAAUAAAGAUAAUUUCAUAAAGGAAUUUAAA